CAUGUAUUGGACUUUAUCUCGUGUGUGCAAGUUGAUAUUUGGGUCCCCUCCUACUUCUCUACAUAUAUCAUUGUUGCUGUUUUAGCCUUUGUACAUCAGAGUCCAUUUAUUGUUUCCAAAUACUUCCAGCUUAUUUCUGGCUUAUCAGAGCAUCAAACCAAAGAUGGCUGAGACUAUCCUCAGUGUUGUUGCUGAGGAAAUAAUAGGCAAGCUGAUUUCAGUUGCUACUGAGCAGAUCAGCCUUGCUUGGGGUUUCAAGGAGGAGUUGACAAAACUUCGUGGCUCAUUAACCACGAUUCAAGCUGUGCUGGCUGAUGCGGAGAGAAGGCAAGGGAGCGAAGAGGUCGUGAGGCUUUGGCUGUGGAGGCUUAAAGAUGUUGCUUAUGAUGCUGAUUACGUGCUGGACGAGUUUGCUUAUGAGAUUCUCCGGCGGAAGGUAGAGAUCCGAAACCAAAUGAAGAGAAAGGUAUGCUACUUCUUUUCAUUCUCAAACCCCAUUGCUUUUCGUCUCAAGAUGGCCAACAAGAUUAAGAUCAUUCAUGAAUUGCUUAAAAAGAUUAAUGAUGAAGCAAAUUCAUUUGGACUUGCUAGAGCGAGUCCAGUAAAUUCAAAUCCAGAGAUUAUCCCUAACCGAGAGACAGACUCCUUUCUUAAUCAUUCAGAAGUUGUAGGAAGGAGAGAUCAUGUCUCAAAAAUAGUUGAUUUGCUAACUAGGGAAACCAAAGAACAACUCUCUGUCUUUCCAAUAGUAGGAAUGGCAGGUUUGGGAAAAACAACUUUAGCAAAGCAAGUUUACAAUGAUGAGCGAGUAAAGAGACAUUUUGAUAGGACGAUAUGGGUAUGUGUCUCCGAUAAUUUUGAUGAUAAAAGGAUCUUGAGAGAGAUUCUUGAGCUUGUUACCCAUACCUCAAAUAAAUUAGAAAAUAAGACUGCGAUUCUUGAAUGCCUUCAAAAAGAGUUGAGAGGAAAAACAUAUCUUCUCAUACUUGAUGAUGUAUGGAACGAAGAUCUGACGAAAUGGGAUACUUUGAGGAAUUGUCUGUUAGGAAUUAAUUCAAAUAUGGGAAACAUUAUUAUUGUAACAACCCGCAAAGAUAAGGUGGCUAAAAUUAUGGAGACACUUCCUCGAUGUGAUUUAGAGAAACUAUCAGAUGAUGAAUGUUGGUCUAUAAUCAUGAAAAAAGUAUCUUGUAAUGAAAUAACUCCAGAUUUGGAAGUUAUUGGAAGGGAGAUUGCUAAAAAAUGUGGUGGGGUUCCAUUAGUUGCAAGAGUUUUAGGAGGGACGAUGUCUUAUAAGAAGGAGAAAAAUGAAUGGUUGGCAAUUCAAAAUAGUAAAGUUUGGAAUUCUCCACUUGACAACUAUGAAAUCUUACCAAUACUUAAAUUAAGCUUUGAUCGUCUUUAUCCACCAUCUCUAAAAAGUUGUUUCACAUAUUGUGCCAUUUUUCCUAAAGAUUAUAAAAUGGAAAAGGAAGAAUUAAUUCAACACUGGAUGGCUGAAGGGUUCCUUCAAUUGUAUCAAGGAAGAUCCGUAAUGGAGGAUAUUGGUAACGAGUAUUUUAAUAUUUUGUUGGGGAAUUCCUUAUUCCAAGAUAUAGAAAGGGAUGAUUAUGGUGAUAUUUUUAGCUGCAAGAUGCACGAUUGUGUACAUGAUCUUGCCCUCUCAAUUUCAAAAUGGGAAACCUUGCAUUUAGAGGGAAAUUUGGGGGAUGACAUUGGCAUGUCUCAUAUUCGACGUUUAUCUCUUAUAUCCAAUGACCAAACAACGCCAACAAUCCCAUUAUCUAGAGAAGGCAUGAGUAGGUUGCGCACAAUUUUUUCGAUUCAUGUUAAUCUUGGUGACAAGUUAUUAAACUUAAAAUGUGUACGUGGCCUAACUUUAUUUGGGGGAUGUAUAGUAGAGUUGCCCAAGUCAAUCAAUAGGCUAAGACAAUUGCGGCUUCUUCGCAUUAUAAGGACCAAUGUCAAAGAAUUACCCAAUUCUCUCACAAAAUUCUAUAACUUGCAAACUCUAAUAAUCAAGUAUUGCCCUUGUCUCAAAGAGCUUCCAAAAAAUCUACAAAAUUUGAUUAAUUUGAGACAUAUUGAUAUUGAUCUUCAAUACAUAGAACAAUUGCCGAUCAAUAUGAGGCAAUUGACUUGCCUUCAAACAUUGCCUUUUUUUGUCGUUGGUCAAGACACUGGUGGUCGAAUUGAAGAAAUGGGAUACUUAAGCCAACUUAGAGGAAAGUUAAGUAUCUACAAUCUAGAGCACGUGAGAGACAAAGAAGAAGCCAAAAGUGCAAAAUUAUCGGAAAAGAAAGGACUAAACAAGUUGGGAUUCCAUUGGAAUAGUCAAAGAGAAGGCACCAUUAACGAUGAAGAUAUACUGGAAGGCCUUCAGCCUCACCCAUGUCUGCAAAGCUUAAAGAUUGAAAAUUUUCGGGGUGAGAAGUUCCCUUCAUGGAUAUUGGGCAAAAACAGUAGUGGUGGUUUGUUUCUGUGGGACCAUUUGUUGGAAAUCUUCUUAAAAAACUGUAACGAGUGCGAACAAAUUCCUACACUCGGACAUUUAUCUCAUCUCAAGGUUCUUGAAAUUGAGAAAAUGAAUAAGGUGACAUGUAUAGGAACAGAAUUUUACGGCAAUUAUAGCGGUGAGGGAUCAAGUAAUAGUAGAGGUGAUAAUGGUAGAAAUGCAAUGUUCCCGGCUUUGGAAAAACUUGUUUUGAAGCACAUGCCCAAGCUAGUGGAAUGGAAGGAUGCAAUGGAGCCAACAACAACAACAACAAGAGGAACGGUGUUUCCUUCCCUCAAAAAAUUGGUUAUUGGAUACUGUGACCAGCUCAUAAGUGCUCCAUGUCAUUUUCCAGUUCUCGAGCAACUAGUUAUUGACAGCACCAAAAGCACUGCAUUCAAAAACAUUAGUAGUAAUCUUACUACACUCAUGUCCCUCACUAUAGGGAGAGUAUCAGAACUUUCUUGUUUGCCAGAGCAGCUAUUGCAAAAUAAUGCGGGUCUCUUGAAGCUUUAUAUACAUGAUUGUGCUGAUUUGGAGUCCAUCUUGCCACGUGAGGAUGUAUGGGCCUUCUGCAUCUCUCUCCGAAACAUUUUUAUAUGUGGAUGUGUGAAAUUGAGCUAUAUACCGGACACACUGCACACCCUUCAAUCUCUCGAGACAUUUGGAGUAUCCAGCUGUCCUAAUUUGAGGUCUUUUCCAAGUAUACAAGGUGUGGCAUCGCUUCGAAACUUGACGAUAUCAUGCGGUGUUAAAGUUCUACCGAUUGGGCUACAAUCAUGUACAUCUCUUUCGGAAUUGGGUAUUUGGUCAUGUCCUAAUUUGAUAUCAAUUCCAGAUCUAGGACAAUUGCACUCUCUUAGCAGUUUAACAAUUCGGGACUGUCGAAAGUUGACUCGUCUGCCAGGAGGGUUAUCAGAAAGCUUAAAGAUUUUGGAGAUUGGUGAGUUUUGUGAGGAGCUGGAUGCUUUCCCCAGUCUCAGUUCCAUCGAACACUUGCACGCGUCCCUUGAAAAACUAAACUUGUAUGGGUGGUCCAAACUCAACUCUCUUCCGGACGAAAUUCAACGCUUCACUGCCAUUAUAUAUCUGCAUAUAUGUGAUUUUAAGGGAAUAAAAGCUUUGCCUGAGUGGUUGGGCGACCUUUCUUCACUUCAAACUCUGCUUCUUAACGGCAACGAUAACUUGAUGGAAAUGCCGACAGUGCAAGCCAUGCGACGCCUCACCAAUUUAAAAAAACUGUACAUUAAUGGUUCCCCCGAAUUAAAUAAAAGUUGUGCAAAGGAGAAAGGCACAGAGUGGUCCAAAAUUGCACAUAUUCCAUAUAUCAGAAUCGACCGUAUUGUUAUUAAAGGUGAAAAUUUUUGAAGAUCUUAUAAAAUUUAUUGAAAGAGAUGUUUGGCACUACGAAUGGCAUAAUUUCUGGUAACUUUAUGGAAUUUCAAUCCACUCCCAGCCUAACGUAAGGUCAUAAACACAGCUGGAGGAAAAAUCAAUUAAAGCUAGUGGAAGUCCAUAAUUGCUGGAAAUGAAGGUUCUAUUCAAGAGCUGAAAAAUGUAAUAAUGAUUACAAAAAGUUGAUGCAUCUGCACAAACACAAUGUUUCACCAUAUUGCGGAAACUGCAAAGUUUUUAUUGACCUAAGGAAGGAUGUGCCAAGGAAAAUGACUAGGUGGUCCAAGAUUGCAUAUUUAAUACAAAUAGAAAGGCAAAGCCACUAGCAGUAGCUAGGAAUGGCAUAUCUAUUGUGUUCACAUGAAGGAAGACUUAAUUAAUCUUAUGGAAUUUCAGCCCAAGCUAACAGAAAUUCAUCAGUGCUGAAAUUCAGAAAAUUGGUGUUGGUGUAGUGGUAUGGGAGGAGAAUAGGCUGUUCAUUGGAGCUUUAAGCUCACUGGAAGAUAUGAGUACUGAUGCUGAGGAGGCUGAAGUUAUGGCUGUCAUGCAAGCGACUGAAUUUGCUGCUACGGUAUGCCCUUUUGGAGUAAUUAUAGAAGGUGGCUUGUUACAGAGAUUUCAAGCUCUCAAUUCUGCUGAACCAAAUCUCACAAAAAUUGAACAUCUCUUGGACUUGGUUAAACAGAAUGGACUUUUUCAGGGAGAUCUCUUUCUCACAUGUCAGAAAGACUGGGAGUGAAGGUUCUAUUCAAGAGCUGAAAAUUGUAAUUAUGAUUACAAAAAUCUGAUGCAUCUGCACAAUCACAACAUUUCACCAUAUUGCGGAAACUGCAAAGUUUUUAUCGGAUGUGCCAAGGGAAAUGACUAGAUGGUCCAAGAUUGUCCAUAUUAAUACAAAUAGAAAGGCAAAGCCACUAGCACUAGGAAUGGCAUAUCUAUUGUGUUCGCUUGAAGGAAGACUUAAUUAAUCUUAUGGAAUUUCAGUCCACUCCCAAGCUAACAGAAAUUCAUCAGUGCUGCAUGACAUUCGAAAACAUUAGCAGUAAUCGUACCACACUCUGUCAGAACUUGAUUCUUGCCAAAGUGGUUAUUGCAAAAUAAUAGAAGUUUCAUGCCUAUGAAGAUAGUGUUUUGUGAGGAUUUGGUGUCCCUCUCAGUACAUCAGGAUUUCAUGUUGAUCUGAGUUGUCACUCAAGUGGGGCAACCCUUCAUGAUCUCAUUGUGAUGGUAUCCUAAUGAUGCAAAAUUACCAUUUAGGCAUAGAGGGUAAAUUUUGAUGUUGCCGUGUUUGAAGAAAUUCAGAAAAUUAGUGAUGAUGCAGUGGUAUGGGAUGAGAAUGGGGUGUUCACUGGAGCUUUAAGAUCACUGGAAGAUAUGGGUACUGAUGCUGAGGAGGCUGAAGUUAUGGCUGUCAUGAGAGCGACUGAAUUUGCUGCUACAGUAUGCCCUUUUGCAGUAAUUAUAGAAGGUGGCUUGUUACAGAGAUUUCAAGCUCUCAAUUCGGCAGAACCAAAUCUCUCAAAAAUUGAACAUCUCUUGGACUUGGUUAAACAGAAUGGACUUUUAUCAGGGAGAUCUCUUUCUCACAUGUCAGUAGGACUGGAUGCUUCAGUGAUUUAACAAACACAGUAAUGAACAGCUAGCUGAAAACAUUGGGGAGCAUGAGAAGUCCACUAAUGAUUGCAAAAAGCCCAGGCAUUUCUAGUUUUGCACCCAUACUUAUCAUUGGAAGGAGCAAGAGUGGCUCAGUGGUAGAAGAUUGGCUGUGGACCUGUGGUCCAAGAAUCACCUUGAGGGAAUUUAAAGUUGAUUCCAAUGCCAUUUUUUUAUUAAAAUUUACUCUAGUUAUCAUUGAUUUUCCAAUUGGAGGUGUACCUCAGCACAAGAUAGUCCAAGAUUGCCCCUGUUCCAAAUAUCCUGAUAAACUUCUUGUUACUAUUCUAAGCUCAAAAUAAUCUAAAAUUGGUGACCUCUAUUCUGGAUGGUCUAGAUCAUGCAAAUGUUCAGUGGAUAGUUCCUAAUCACCUGCAUGUAAGGAAAGAUGCAGCACAUUCUCCAAGCAUGUGAUAGAUGGCAAGUUUCUUGUUUCUUUUGACACAGCAGCUGGAGGAAUAAUUGAUUAUAAUUGGAAGCUGACAGAAUCCUUUUAAAGUCGGAAAGGCCAAUGUAAACAGUUUCCAGUGUUCCUGGAUUGCUCGCAUUCAAAAGAUAGGGAUAUCAUAUCAUAGAAAGCAAGGCAUUCUAUAUUUACAUUUCAACUGGGAGAAGAGUUGAAAUUCAUUAGUGUGGGCAACAUGUUCAGGCUUACUUGCACCACAACAGCAGAAAGAUUGAAGAUCAAAGGCUUUGAUUCGCCACUGCAACACAUAGUUGCAAACAUUUUGCUCAUCAUUUGACAGGACACAGACAGCAGACUAUACAAUCACGUAUAUCAGUGUAUGAUUAAAAUCUUCUCUAGAAUCUCUACAAAAGCAAGUGGGUAGGUGCGGGCACAAGCGGUUGGUGUCUACAGUAGGUUGUAGCCGUGUUGGCCCAGUAUAGCAUUCCCACAAUUCCACUUUUCCAGGUAUUCUUGCAUGUCUGGAUGGGUAUAUGAAUAUAGCAAUGAAGCAAACAUAAAAAAAUGUCAAAGGGCAGUUGAAAAAUUUCUAUGAUUAUGCUUUCGUUUGAGAACAAUGUUCUCUACAUUAGUAUACAUAGAGUACACUGGCAGACUAGGAUUACUUUUGAACUUUUAUCAUCAACUCAUGUAGAUCAUCUGCGGUCAUGCAUUUGAUGUAAAAUAUUGUGGAUUUUGGAAAUGAGGACUAGAAGAGCUUCUCCAAUGAGGAUUAGAAGAGCUACUCCAACUUGGACAAACGGAACUUUUGUUAUCUAUAAUAUGCAAAUGCAAUGGAAUGAGCUAUCAAAUGUUUGAUUUAAAGAGUGGUGCCUUAUGGUUACUGUGACGAAUUAAUGGCCAUCAUUGUCUUAACAGUUCAUCUGGGUUCAAAUCCUACUGAGAGGUCCUAUUAGAAGUAGAAGGCACCCUGGUGGGAUCCUCACGGACAUUCCUUUGGAAACCAAAAACAAUAAACUAUUCGAGGCAGAAAUGCGAGAUAUUUUGUUCAAUGAUGAUGAUGAUGACUACUUAACAGAUAAAUUUUAUACAUUGAAGCUUGCUGCAUCACUACUUUUAGAGGCUCACUACUUUUAGAGGCAUCUUUUGUUUUGGUGGUUUUGUACCAUAGUGAAUUUAUUUCUAGAUGGUUUUAAUUUGCAAGAAACUACUUUAAAUUGUACUUGCAUUUUUACUCAAAUUGUACUUGAACCAAGAGAAGCAUAAUAGCUUGUUGCAAAAAAUGUUGUGAGAUGAUGUUUUUUAUUUU